CUGAGUUUAAUAUAAUCUGUCCGUGUUAGUUGUAUUCAGUUCUUUUUAUUAUUGAAUGUUUAACUUUUUAUAAAUAUUUUUAUUUUCAUACUCGUUUUAUUCAAAAAACGUUUUUAUAUUGAAACAUGCGAUGUAAUUCACUUAUGUGUAAAUGUCAUAUAUGUUUUCUUAAAUAACGCAAAAUGGAAGAAGAGUUACGGUGUUAUAUUUGCAAAGAAUUCUACAGAGAACCUGUAUUAUUACCUUGUGGUCAUGCUUUAUGUCGUGCCUGCGCUGUAAACUUGCAAUGUCAUGUGCACGAGGUAGACAAUUCUACUGCUUCGAGUGAUUACCAGGAAGCUGACAAAGCAUCCGUUUCCAGUGAAACUGACAGCGGUGUAGUAUGUGGAUCAAGGCCUAAUAGUUACGCGGGAACGCCAGCCGCGCCUGCAUAUCCAGCUCCAUCAUUUACUUUAACUUGUCCAUUGUGUAAUAAACAAGUAUGUUUAGACGAAAAUGGAGCCGAAGGUCUUCCACCAUUCCGUGUUAUGCGGACUAUUGUGGAACGUUUUGGUGGAGUCACUGGUGCACCACCUGCUGAAGAAGCAUGUCAAAUGUGUGAAGGAGAGAGGCGAGCAGCCAUAGUACGCUGUGAACAAUGUUCUGUGAGGUAUUGUGCUGGAUGCCGUGAUGCUUGGCAUCCAACACGUGGUCCUCUAGCCCAGCAUGAGUUAAGAACUCUCGGAACUAUAUGCCUUGACCAUGGAUCUUCACCGGUCCUCUAUUGUAAUACAUGCUUAGUGCCAAUCUGUCAAUGUUGCCUCACUGAAAAACAUUCAACACAUGAAACCCAACCAUUGUCGAGUGCAGCCAGAGCCCAUAAGACUGAACUUUCACAAUCACUGCAACAGCUUUCUGAGCAAGCCAAAGCAAUGACUGAAUAUAUACAACUAGUCAAAGGUUCAGGGGACAAAAUUAAUGAGUCCUCUGAAGAGUUAGAGCAACAAAUAGAUCAAGCUUGUAGUGAAGUGAUCCAUGCUGUUGAAAUAAGAAGAGAUGAGCUAUUACGCGCAGCAAGAAAUACUCGAUCUCAAACUGUUGCUAAUAUGCGUAUGUUAACAUCACAAGCAGCGCAGAAGCUCCGAGAGGCCACAGCAUUAUUGCACUUUUCCAUAGAAGCACUCAAAGAAACUGAUCAUGCAGCAUUUUUGCAGGUGGGGAAUAUACUUUCGGUGCGAGCUCAGGAAACUGCGUCGAAGCUGUGCUCCGUGGAGCCGCCGCCGGCGCCGCCCGCCCUCACGCUUGACACCGAGCCCGUACUGCGCACUGUCCGCACCAUGAACUUCAUUGAAUGCAUUCCGCCGGGCGCGCCGUCGCUGGCGGUGGAGGCGUGCGUGGCGCGCGGCUGCUCGUGCACGCUGGCGUGGCGGCCGCCCGCGCCGCCCGCGCGCGCCGCCGUGCGCGGCUACGUGCUGGAGCUCGACGACGGGCUCGGCGGACCGUUCCGGGAGGUGUAUUGUGGUAGGGAGACAGUAUGCACAAUUGAUGGACUUCACUACGCGUCUCUGUACAGCGCACGAGUCAAAGCAUUUAACGGGGCUGGAGAAGGGCCUUAUAGCGAAGUUAUCGGCUUACAAACUUCACCUGUGGCGUGGUUCACGUGGGACGCGCGAUGCGGGUCGACAGCGGGCGCGGGCGCGGCAGCGGGCGCGGCAGGGGGCGCGGGCGAGUGCGGGUUGUCGCUGAGCGCGGACGGUCUGAGCGCGCGCGCCGCCGGCUGGCAGCCGCGGGUCGCGCUCGCCGACCAGCCGCUCGCGCGCGGCCUGCACUACUGGCGGCUGCGGCUCGACCACUACGACGGCGACGCGGACCCCGCCUUCGGCGUUGCGAGGGCUGACGUCGCCAGAGACAAGAUGCUCGGCAGCGACGCGCUCGGGUGGGCGAUGUACAUCGAUGGGUCGCGGUCGUGGUUCGUGCACGGCGGCGCGCACGGCGGCCGCGCGGCGGGCGGCGUGGCGGCCGGCUGCACCGUCGGCGUGCUGCUCGACCUCACGCGCGGCACGCUGCGCUUCACGGUCGACGACCGGCCGCAGGGCGAGGUGGCGUUCACAGGCCUACGUGGUGCGUUCUACCCGGCAGUGUCGCUUAACCGUGGAGUGGCUGUCACGCUGCAGCCCGGAGUGCCACCGCCGCCCGAACUGCUACUUUCUCAACUCUCCAUAGAUUAAUUCCUCAACUUUGAGUUAUCUCACCUUACUUUCGCCCCACUACUCCACCUUCUCACGACUAUUACAAACACACGACACUUAAGUACUAAAAGUGGAGUUAGACGAAACGAUCAUAGUAACCUGUACUUUAAUUAUUCUAAUUUAUCUUUAAUAUAAAUUUAGAGUCUUUUAUUGCUCGAUCACUUUUAUAAUUUUGUAUGUUAUUCUUGCAUUAUUCUUUUAAUGUAACUAUCAGUUCCAACCUGGACAAUUGUUCCUUUUAAAGGAAAUUUAAUGCAUCUUGAGUCUUGUUUUUAAUUAUGACAUCUGUCAUGAAGGGCUGCAAUGCUUACUGAAAAAUGAUAUUACCCUUGUUGGAAAUCAUGGUCUAACUCUGCCUUUAAAUAGGUUUCAUGAAAAAAUCUUACAAAUAAAAAUGUAUUAUUAUUAUGUUUUAUUUGCAGCAUUGUUUAAUUUUUUAAUAUUUGGGUUUAUUAUAUAAUCCGUUAAAUCUUAAUAUAUAUCUGUGUGUAUAUAAAUAUUAAAUCAUCGCCAAGUACAAAUUCUUUAUAUCCAUUGCAACUGAAAGAAAUUCUUUCAUUAAAUUUACUAUGUUGUACUCCCGUAAUACGAAAUAUUCAAUGGAUUAUAUUUUAAUGAAAUAUAUAUGUAUAUUGUACAAACAAUUGUAAACAUGAUAAAGUACUUAACUAUGUUCUCUAAUCUAUCAUAUUCCUUACAUAUUUAUAAGUAAAAGCAUACGAAUACACGACAUAUUGUUAAGUGUAUUUAAUGUGUAAUUAAUUUUGAAUACACACGAUGUAUUUAUACUUAAGUAUGUAUUUCAGCAUGAUGAAACAUUCAUGACAAUAACUUGUAGGCACAAUGUCAGUUAUUCCAAGUAAUAUAUAAAGUAUAAAAUACCUAUAAAACAUACACUAUAAGAUUAUACUAUAUAUAAUUACUGUGCAUCGAAUAUAUAAAAGCUGCAGUUCUAGCCGCCCACUAGAUCUAAGAAUUCAUCUACGGAAAUAUUAAUAUAAAAAAUUAGGUAGAUUAAAAAAAUAUUUUUUGUGUGACAACAUUGUAUCUCGUGACUCUAAAGUCAUGUUAAUUAUUUAUUGAUUUUAUCAUAAUUUAAUUAAGUAAUAAUAAGUAUCAAUUUCGUAUAAAUAGAAAUUGAAAUUUAAUGAUGAUAAUAAAGACAACUUGGUCUUUAUUAUUAAUAUAUUAGCCAUACUUCGAUUACGAUGAUUAUGUUAGUAGUUAGUAAUAUUUAAUAUUAUUAUGUCACUGCCAUUUACUUGCGUACUAUAUAACUAGUAUAACGGGACCUGAAAUGAGUUGAAUAUUCCAUUACCCACCAAUAUGCGCAUGCCUAUUUUUUAAAUAUUAUUUUUAUAUGCAUGAAUAAGAUAAUCAACCCGUAACUAACUUAUUACAAAAAUACUUUUAAAUUAUUAUUUCAAUACAAAGAUAUAGAACUUGUAUUUCUAAAUUUUGCAACACACUUGCAAUUUCUCUGAUGUUGGGGGUGCCUAUGUGCGACGGUAAUCACUUACCGUCAGGUGAGCCGCAUGCUCGUUUGCCCACUAUCUUAUAAAAAACAUUAAAAUUAGUCAAAUUUUAAUCAACCAUUGUCAUAUGGGGUUAUACCUUUAGUUUUUCUCCGUAUCUGAAAGUAUUACACAUAUUAAACCGUAUUAGCUUUACCCAAAUUUAAUAAGACGAAUAGUAAUAAUAUUUUCAUUACGAAGAAUUACUCAAGCACAUGUUAUAAUUGUAUUAAUAGUAAUUUAUCUUCAUCAGUUUCGGGACCAUCCUGAACCCUUAAUCAUGAAAAUACACGUAAAUCAAUACAGUUAUUUUUACAUUUAAAAGGUCGUAUCAUUAUUAGAAAAUAAUAUUAGAACAAAUAUCAGCCUCAUUUUGUUACAAAAACAUAUGAAAGAAAUAAGGAUGAUCAUUAAUCAUUAGCAUAUUUAAGAUUAUUUCCCAGGGAGGAGAAGCCAGUCUCUUUAUUGUAAUGUGGGCAAACCCCCCCCCCCCCCCCCUCGAAAUACGCCUAUGUAUCUAUUUGCCGUGAAUAUGGCUUACAGUAGAAAAUCUAAAAUUAAUAUUAACAAACCUAUUUUAUUCAUACCAUUAUAUAAAAUAUAGUUUUGACGAUUACUUCUAAAAUUUGUUCACCAUCACAAGUUGUAAUCAACAAAUGUGUACUUAAAAUAUAAUAUUCCUACUAAUACCUAUUGAAUUGGUACUUAAAAAAUAAACUUAUAUACUUAAUAUAUAUUUAUAUACGUUUAAUAAACGUUACAUUAUUCAAUAACUAGUCAUUUUGGCUUAUAAAAAAAUAUUACUUUCUUGACAAUUGCGGCCACAUUUUUUUUUUUUUCAUAUAUAAGUACUUCAUUUUAAUAUAUUAUUAUAGUAUGAGUAGAAAUAUGAACACUGGAUUUUUAUGGGUCAUCGUGAUCAUUGUUAUCUUCACGCCUGCCCACUGAGAUGAACAAUCUCUAUCUAAUCAUUUUAUAGAAUUACUUAGUGAUAAGUUAACUUAUACCCUAAUUUUGUCGUUUUAUUUUUGUAGUAUUUUGUUUAUUUUACAGAAAUUAAGUAGGGGGUUGAUUUUGAAGCACUGCUCUUUAUAUAUCUUUAAAAAUGAAAAUUGAUGCUUUACCCGAAAGUAUGUUAUAUUAUGGACACCGAGAUAUAAAUUUAAUGUGCAUUGUCCAUAAUAUGGGUAGCCCUUUUAUUAAACUGUAAUAUAUUUUUUAAAAUGUAUAGCAUUUCAGAAUCAACUUCAUUAUCUAUUUAAUGGUAUGAAAUUACCUUAUUUUUUUGUACGGAGUGUUCUAGUUGAAGAAUUGCUCUAGAGAUUUUGUCAUAUUGAUGAUGAUGAUUUACUUAUUAAAAUAUUUUUAUGGCCCAUAACAUAUCAUGCAGCUUCUUUGCACUUAGCACAAGUAAUGAAUAAUUUAAGUGGAUUACAUCAAGUGGAUUGAAACAAAUAGUCAUCUAGGUAUUUUUUUGUUUGUGUUAUGUCUAUAAAAAAAACUACAGCCAUUUGUAUAUCCAUUUUUAUAGAGGAAUGUUGAUUAUCUUUUUGCUUAGUCUCACAUUCGCUUAAGAAUCGCAUUUUGAUUAGACACUUAAGUGCUCUGUUGAAAUUCUUUAACAUCGCGUAACUAUCAAUAAACUAUUAUCCCUGACAAACAUUAUUAUCCUUGCAGCUCGACUCUGAAAUAGUAGCAGACGACAUUCUGGUAAUCAUGACUGAAAGUAAAUUAGCAUUUACUUGUCUGUAAUUAUUUCUUUAUUGUUAUUUACAAGCUAAUUAAUCUUGCGAUAUGGUAUCUUAUUCUAAGCAUAAAAAAUAUCAUCAGCUGGUGUAUUAUUUUAAAAUAUUAUUUAUUCGCCACUUGCACCUAUUCAUUAAUUUAUUCCUUUAAUAAAAUAUAUCUGGCAUAUGUACUUAUAAAAUCGAAGAACGUAAUUGGAUAAUGUUACUAAUAUUGAUUUAAAAUUUUCUUGAUUAUUGACUGAUUUAUAACAUUAAAUACAUGCAUUAAUAAAAUGGCGUUUUAAAUUA